CAAGUACAGUUAAGUCAGCUUCCAAUUAUCUUAAAGCCUGCCAUAUAAUCAUAUAACCAGGCUCCGUCGUGGUACUUCCGGCCACCACAAUGCCGAAAAUCGCAUUGGGAACAAGCCAAGAGGCUGCUCAGCCUGACUGCAUCAAAGCCCUUGUGGUCGAGUUUAUCACCACUUUCCUCUUCGUCUUCGUUGGAGUAGGAGCUGCCAUGGCCGCCGAUGAGUCGGGGGCAAAUGCGCUGGUGGGAUUGUUUGCUGUGGCGGUGGCUCAUGCCCUUGUCGUCGGCGUUAUGAUAUCGGCCGGACACAUAUCAGGCGGCCAUCUUAACCCAGCCGUCACGCUUGGGUUGCUAUUCGGUGGUCACAUCACGGUGGUCCGUGCGAUCCUCUACUGGAUCGAUCAGUUGUUGGCAUCUUCAGCUGCUUGUAUACUUCUCAAGUAUCUCACUGGAGGAUUGAACACUCCGGUUCACACAUUAGCAAGUGGAAUGGGGUUCCUUCAAGGUGUUAUAUGGGAGAUUAUUCUCACAUUCGCAUUGCUGUUCACAGUGUAUGCCACCAUAGUAGACCCCAAGAAAGGUUCCAUCGAUGGGCUAGGUCCAAUGCUCACUGGCUUCGUCGUUGGGGCCAACAUCUUAGCCGGUGGAGCUUUCUCGGGUGCUUCAAUGAAUCCGGCUCGGUCAUUCGGACCGGCUCUAGUGAGCUGGAACUGGACCGAUCACUGGGUUUACUGGGUGGGACCCCUAAUCGGAGGUGGCCUUGCUGGCUACAUAUAUGAGAACUUCUUCAUCGUCAGAACCCAUGUUCUCCUUCCCCAGAAUGAAGCCUUUUAAGCUUUUAAUUUCAGUAACAUUAGAAUAGCCGCUCUGUGCGUGUCUCUCUAUGUAUCUACUUUCUAGUGUGGUUGCUUCCUAUCUAUUUUGUAUAUUUUCUUUACAUUAUCUAUUUUGUUAAUUAAAUAAGAUUUUCAUUUUGUUGUUCCCUAAACAAAUUUAUUGUCAAUCAAAUUGAGAAUUGCUCCGA